AUGGCCUCCUACUCGAUCGCAGUCUCGGUCGAAGGCACCAGCAUCGACAAGUAUCCAGCAAAGCAGCAUGCCCGCCGAGUCGCUGCCCGCCUCUCCUCGCGCGACGCCCUCAUCUACCUGCCCGGCCAGCAGACGGUGCUCUCUGAAGACUCAGACCAGGCCACACACUUCAAACAGCGCCGCUACUUCUUCUACCUUACAGGCGUCGUCGAGCCAGACUGCCAUGUCACCUACGACGUCGCCGCGGACAGACUGACGCUCUACGUGCCGGACUUUGACUUCAAGCGGACCAUCUGGACGGGGCCGACGCUGGGUGUAGACGAGGCCAGGCAGAGGUAUGAUGUUGACCGGGUGGAAUACUUCUCUUCGCUGGAGGGUGACGUGCAGAGAUGGACUGCGGAUAAUCCGUCGUCUCUCGUGUAUAUACUGCACCCAGACCAGAGACCAGUUACUCCUCUGACGGUGGCUUAUCGGUAUGAUCAAAAGUCGCUCCAGCAUGCGAUGGAUGCGUGCAGAGUGAUCAAAGACGAGCACGAGAUCGGUCUCAUCCAGCGCGCCAACGAUGUCUCUGCGGCCGCUCACAGGGCUGUCCUCUCGCGCCUACGCCAUAUGAAGAACGAGGCCGAGAUAGCUGGCAUCUUCAUCGACGUGUGUCUCUCCAUGGGCUCAAGGGGCACAGCGUACGAGACUAUCGCUGCCUCGGGAGCCAACGGUGCGACACUACAUUAUACGCACAACAACGAACCGCUGGCCGGUCGACAGAUGGUCGUGCUCGACGCCGGCUCUGAAUGGCACUGCUAUGCAAGCGACGUCACCCGGUCGUUCCCCAUCCCUUCACUCUCGCAUCACAUACUGGGCGACGACAGCAGCAGCAGCAGCAAGAGUCCCUGGCCCAGCCGCGAGGCAGAACAGAUCUACUCGAUCGUCCAACGCAUGCAAGAAGAAUGCAUCAGCCAGGUGAAAGAGGGAGCCCUCUUCUUCUCCAUCCACCAACACGCUCACUCCAUCGCUCUACACGAACUUCUAAAGCUAGGCAUCCUCCGUAUCCCGCACGGCGCAACCAAAUCCGACCUCGUCAAGGCAGAAGUGACCGCCCUCUUCUUCCCGCAUGGCCUAGGCCACCAUCUCGGUCUAGAGGUGCACGACGUCUCACCAGAUAGCGGCACGAUACCACUUACAUCUCAGUGUCUGGACGGCCUGAUGAGCGUCACCGAGCAUCGGCCGCCGUGUACGCUGUCUGCACCGCCGCUGGCGUCGGGCAUGGUCAUCACCGUCGAGCCGGGCAUCUACUUCAACAAGCUGGCGAUCGAGCAGGCAAAGGCCGACAGACACAAGCCCGGUGCAAAGGGUAGGUUUGUAGACUUUGACGUGGCCGAGCGGUAUCUCGACGUAGGCGGAGUAAGGAUCGAGGACGACGUCUUGGUGACCAGGGACGGGAGCAGGAAUCUCACCACCGCGCCCAAGGGGAGGGAGAUGCUCAGCAUCAUCUACAGUUAG